AAAUAUAUAUAUAUAUAAAAAGAAAAAGAAAAAUAUUAUAUAAUUACGCUUAAAAGAUUUUAAAAGAAUUAAAGUAAUUAGUUUAAGACGCUAUUAAUUAGUCGCAAGUGAUGGAAUUCCUCUGCAAUAGCUAAGCAAUAUAUUAUGACAACCGAAAGCAAUAAUUCGCCCGUCGAUCCCAGGGUACAGGUCGAAUUGGAAAGACUCAAUACAGCAACAGACAAUAUCAAUAAAUAUGAACUGGAACUCGAUGAGGCAAAAUGUGAAUUUAAACGCGUAUUGGCCGAAAGCGAAGUACGUAUCAAGCAAGCGGCGCAUAAGUUGGGUAAUUCAAUAGAUGCAGCCAAACCGUAUUAUGAAUCACGCAUUUAUGCAGCACAGCUGACAAAGGACACACAAAAGGCAGCAGCAAACUAUGAAAAAGCUAAAUCUAUUCAUGCCGCAGCCAAAGAAAUGGUUUACUUGGCCGAACAAGGUUUAGGUGAGAAAUCUACAUUGGAUACAGCCUGCCAGGAGAUGUUAAGUCAUGCGGCCAGUAAAGUGAAUCAAUCGCAAUUGGAGGUAACCGAUGCUAGAAAUUCCUUGAAAAUGUGUCAACUGAAAUUGGAGGUGGCCAAUAAUCGUGUCGCUAAAUUGCAAGGACAGUUAAAGCAAGCUAUAAAAACUUCAAGUUUUAAUAUACGACGAAAUUUACUUUUAAUUAAUAUAUUGGCUUAUCAGCAUGAUUUGCCGUUUUAUGAAACUCGCGCCAAUUACAAUGGUAUUCUGAAAACGCAGAAGAACAAAAUCAAUGAUUUAGAGCACAAAGUAACCGAAGCCAAAAUGUCCUAUAAUGAGGCCUUGAAAAACUUGGAGAGGAUUUCGGAAGAAAUACACCAUCAGCGACAGCAGCAACAAGAGAGAAAACAACAGCAACAACUCUUACAAGGAAAGCAAACGAAUUUACUAUCGAAUGAAUCCAAUCUAGAUACGCUUAAUAAAACUGCAGGAACUGGGCUUAGUUUUCCAAAUUUUCCUUGUGAUAUCGACUCAGCAGAUGAAUACUUGGAAAUGCCCGAUAAAUUAAGUACAAAUUCGAGUCCUAUUCGCCAAAGGCAACCGGAUCCGCAUGAUUGUCCUCAUUUAUUAAGAGAUUUUGAGUCGGUUCUUAUAUUUCCCCAAAAACCUAAUAGCGGUCUAUAUAAGUCGGCUAGCGCUAGUGCUACGCGUGACAAUUUAUUUGCUCACACUCAGAUACGCGGGCCUUAUGAAGUGAAAUCGCAAGGCGGAAGUGGUGGUAAUCUUAGCAACGAUCCUUCAUCUAGUUCGGGAUUAAUAGCCACAUGCAACAAUAGUGUCGCUCAUGACGAUAAUGAUAUUGAGCAAUGGACUGAAAUACGUCUUUCACAUUCCGAUAGCACGAGCUCUAGUUACUCAAAUCAAAGUCUACUGCACGAUCACGGUGAAACGGCUACAGCUGCUGCUGCCGAGGACGCUCAGUCGCAUCAUUCUUCGGCAUCUUCUUCGGAUGAACCGAAACGUAAAGUUACCUGCACUACAAUAUUUAACGAGGAGCCACUCACUAAGAAGCAAACUCUCUCGCAAUGGUUGUCACGUUCGAAUAGCUUGAAAAUGAGCGGUAGACGUCAAAGUCUCGAUUUACUAAUAGACGCUGGCGAUAAGGUGAAAGACGUUUUUUCAUUUGGUUUUCAAAAAGUAGGACGUACACUAGAACGUCGCAAUAGCGAGUCGGAAAUGAAUGUUGAAGGCACUAACAAUACGACCCUAAUGACACGCGUGGGCAACACAACUUCGUCCAGUACUUCAUCGCCAGGUGAAUUCUUUCUAUUCUCCAGACUUGAACCUAAGGAAUUAUUGUCCGAUGAGCAGGUGGAAAAUCUUUUACUUAAUCAUAAACUUGACGAGAACGGUACCAUCGUUGUGGAAGAGCUGAAAACACCUUUACAACAGCCAGCAAAUAAAUUCGGUUUAUCCUCGCUUUUAGUUUAAGUUUUUCUUCUUGUCUACUUAUUAUUUUUUUCAUUUAUU